GAUGCGGUGCGUGGAGUGCGUACCUCUCAUCAGUGCGGAGCGUGUGUUUUGUGUAUUUGGGUGUGAAUAAGGAAAGACUUAACACUUACGAUGAUAAUAAGAAAUGGGCUUUGUCCGAAAUAGUGUUUCAUUAAGCCUACUGAUAUUGGUUGCAUGCUUCGUGACACUGACGCUGGAAAAUAGGACAGGGUGCGGGCAGCAGGGCGCGUGCCUGUGGUGCGACGCGGACCGCCGCUGUUCGCGCUGCCGCCGCCUCAUGGUGGAGUCGACGCGCCGCUGCGUGGACACGUGCUCCUGGGGACAGCGCGAGGUGUGGGCCGCGGGCGCCGCCGUCUGGGGCCGCGUCUGCCGCGACGCGGGCCUGGGCGGGCGGUCUCUGGCCGUGAUCGUGGGGUCGUGCGGCGGCGCCGCCGUCUGCGCCGGCAUGCUGCUGGCCGGCCUGCUGUACCUGCACUGCCGCCGCCGCAGGCUCGUCAAGAGGCUGGGGGCGGCGGAGGACGCCGCUCGCCGAGCAGCGGAGGGUCCAGAACGUGUGGCACUGCUGCGACAGCUAUCUUCGCUGCGGGUUGAUGCACCGGUCUUCCUGGCCAUGCUGAACGACACACGUCGCCAGGUGCGCCUGCUGCAAGGUUCUACCACCGAGUCCGUCCUUCAGGCAUACAGGCCAGUGCUGAGGGACUUGGCACGCAUUUUAAUACUUCUGAAUCGCCAAGAGAGUCAGAUUCGGUACCCACCCAAAGACUGGGAGACACUGCUGUCAUGGGGGGAGAGAGUUCUACGGAGAUACAAGAAACAAAACCCUCACCAGGUUGCCCAGGCACAGCUUGUAAGCUUCCUGCAGGUGCCAAUACAGACGCAUGCUGUAUCGCCGCCACCUCCUAUAGUACCUCCUUCGGCUGACGACAGCUUGAGGAGACCCCUCACCACAUUCCAGCCCCUGAGGAAAGUCAGCUCCAGCAGCAGCCGCAGCCCAGUAGAAAGCUCUGUGGAUGUGCGACACAGCUUUGGGAAUGGCCAUUGCUGGGAUGAGGAUGAGGGUUGGGACUGGGAGGGCGAGGAGGGAGCGGGUCCUCCCAGCUACACUGCUCUCACUGACUGGUCUGCUAGUCAUGAUUAUCUAGUAGAUGACAGCUUCCUUACAUUUGGCUUUCGGCCACAGGAUGAAAUUACCACUGAGCUGUGAUUAUCUACCAAAGUGGUGAUAUGUGACAUGAACCUUCUUUUCCAUUGAAUAACACCAGUCAUGGUGUACAGAUACAUGUAGAUUGUGUGCUGAUUGCAGAUCUAUGUGUGUAGCUGAAACCUACACACUGCAAAAUUUGGCAGCUGUAUCAGGCUCACUAUAUUAUUAUCAAUUUUCCAUUUCCUUAUAAUCUUAGCUUAAAUGUGUUGUUAAAUGUCUUGUGUGUCCAUUGAAGUAACACUUCAAAAGAGUGGUCAAUGCAGUUCACUUGACAGUGGGACAGUAAGCAGAAGACCAAGGCUUCCAAGUAACCUUCGGAAAGUCUCCAAUGCAUUAGACUGUUGCAGAUAUUCAGGAACCGGCAUUGAAAUGAUUACCACGAUUUUCAUCUCCAUCUCAGGAAAGCAUUUUACACUUGAACUGAUGUUCUUGAGAAGUAAUUGUUAAUGUAUGGUACAGAGAUAUUAGGGAAACCUGGAAGUAACUUGUCACUUUAGCAUAAUUUUAUAUGGCAGAAAGCCGAUUGCUUAAGAUCAUUUGCUUAUAUGUUCUUUGUUGUUGUAAAAAUUUUGCUUUUUCUUUUCUAAACUAUCACCAGUAAGCAAAAUUGUUUAUCAAGGGUCAUCAUUCAUUGCGCCAUGCUUUACUGUUAUAUGAUGUUCGUCAGCCUUUAGGAUUUGCUAAUAUCUUCAGUGAAACUCCACAUAAAGAGUCUAAUAUGUUGCACUGUGUCCAUUGCAGCAAUGUGCUUGAAGUUUACCGCUGUAUGCUUUUGUUAUUAUCAACAUGAAAAAAUCCCUUAAAAAAGCAGGCCAUGUAGGAUUUAUUGUAUUGUGUGUAACAUGGUACUCAUAAAUCUUAAAUUUAAUUGAAACCUCCAUACUAGAGUAGUUCUGAAGAGCACAAAUAUUUACAACUUUCAUUAAAAUAUUAUGCAAAAUAUCUUUCAUCUACAAAACUUUAUUUCCUUUAGAAGCAGUAUUAUACUGGAAAAUGUUGUUGCUAACUUAGAUAGAUUGGAACAUCCAAGUUAAAAUUACAUUCUCACUUCUUUAGAAAUGUGUGAAAUUGACUCAUCACACUGGCUUGUAAAACAUGGAACACAAGUAUGUGUGAUGGUAGGUAUGGCAGAUAUUUUCUGGUAAAAGGUGACUAGUUGUAACAGGAAGUACUGUAAUUUGAAUUUAUUUUGUGGCAUAUUUUUGACAUCCUUAGAAUUAUUGUGUUGUAGUAAAGUAGAAGUCUCUGUAUGAAAUCAUAUGAGCACUGUGAACCAAAAGUUGCACCAAGUUCAAUUUAUAUGAAUACAAGGUACUGAUCAUUUUUUCCAUAUUGUGAGUAAAUGCUGUUUUAGUAAAUACCCUUUGCUGUUUGUUCCACAGUGAUGCAAGAGAUAUUGAUUUGGCUUUAUGACGAACACUGAAUUAUGUAUAUCAAUUAUGAUUUACUUAUCGCAAAUCUUUUUGCCGUGUGUUAUGACUACAUCUUCAUUUACUCUGCUGCCAUUUCCUAUCAGUUCCUUUUAUUACUCCCAUCUCACUGAUACUGAAUGUAUGAAGUUCACAUUACUAGUAUUAUUUUCAAAAAUUUUUACUCUGAAAACAUCACAAUAGCAGUUGCUGUGAGAAACAUCUUAAGACAUCAUGUGUGAGACACAAAUAAAUGCACAGAGCAUAUAGAACAAAUAAUGAAAAAAGUGACAAAGAAUUUUAUAGCUGUUUUUUUGUGUUGUUCAGAACUCUCCUUAAUGAGGCCACUCAGGUAAUGGACUUGUACAUAAAAAUAAUAUAGAUGUUGUUUAACUUACAGAUUUACAUUCUUCUUCAGAGUUGACAGGAACAGCCGCACAUUUGCAAGACUGAUAUGAUAUUGCUUUAAAUGCUAAUGUAGGCUGGAGAGAAUAUUUUCUUGAGAAUAGGAGUAGGGAGAAACAGAAGGCAUUUGUGUGAAAUGAGAAGAUGUUUAGGCAAGGGGAGAGGAGGAUUGAAGUUUUAAAAAGGAGCGAAGAUGAGCUAGAGACAACUUUACUCACAGGGAGAGAAGAGCAGGAAGUAAGUAAUGAUCAUUAAAUAAAUAAGAACAAAACAAAAAUUAAGGGGGAGGAAGAAACCUAGAGCAAAGAAGAACAAAACCAAACAAUAUUAAACCAAUGAGAAGGGAGACAAGAAGAAAUGAAUAAAUAUAUAAAAAAUCAAGGAAUGGGAUAGUAACAAAUGAAGGAUUUAGAAGGAAGAAAAAGAGAAAGGGAAUAGAUGUGUGAAAGUGGAAAGAUUGCAGGGGCAGGCAAGGACCUAAGUUGAGAGCAUAGGGUAUUCUGGGUGACCUAGUUGUUCUUACCAAAUACAGACAAUAGAGAAUAGAGUCCAGAUGGCAUAGGUUGUAAAGUAAUUGAUAAGGUCUCCUGAUCUGGGCAGAAACAGUAGCACAUUUUUAAUCUUAUGGUUGUACACAGCUUGUGGCUUCUGAUAUGAAAUGGACAGCUGGUUGGUAGUCAUGCCCUCAGAGAAUAUUGUUGAUUGUAACUAUCAACCUGUAACAUGGUUGCUUUCAUAUUAAUGUUUAUUCAGACACUCUUACUAAUGAGAUGUUUGUAAGAUGUCCAUGACAGGCCUGAAGAGGAGCUGAUGGAUGUGUGUAUGGGCUUAGUAUUACAUCUCAUUUGCUCACAAGUCUGUUACUGCAUGGGGAAUGAAGUUGAUAAUAUGAGCGGUAUAUGAAUGAAUCAGAAUAUUAAGGUGUUUUGUUGACCGCUGCAUGUUACUUUGUGGGAUGUAAAACGAUUUUGGGAAUGAUUUUAAUAGGACAUGAUGAGAUGUAAUCAAAAUAUUGAGUGAAAGACGUAAGUAUCUUCUAAACCAGGUUACACUAGGUGAUACGGUGAUUGUGUCUGUGGCUGUGGAAUGGGAGUGCAGGAGGUGUUUGGAGAGUGAAAAAAUAUUAAAUGGAUGAGUUGGCAUUAUCAUUUAAUGUUCCAAACUCUUGUUUGUCAGAAUUGUAAUAUAUAUGACUACCAUUGAAACUAUUUGCAUAAAUUUCAAUAAAAAUCCAAUAAAAAUGAAGAAGUAGUCAGUGGACACACAGAGAAACAAUUGUUGUUUAAAAGCCUUCAGCAGAGGCUUAUUUUGAGGGAUUGUUUUCUUAAAAUCAGUACAGUGUCUUAUUCAGCUUGGGUCAGUGGAACAGAUGACAGUUGACAAAACCAAAUUGACAGAGACAUGUUUAUAUGUGCCACAAAUAAAGGCCUGGAAGAGCUUGGUCACAUUACUGGUAAACUACAGAAUUAUCACAGGUUUAGUUCCAGAAACUGAAAAAUAAACUUUGUAAAAUUCUAACUGCCACAUGAUGCUCGAAUAACUCAUUGGUAAUGCCAAUAAAAGAAACUGAAAAUAGUCACUGUGUUCUAUUUGAGUCAUGUACCAUUGUAUCAUUGUUUCAUGCAGUACGGUACUCCUUAUUGUAACUGAAGAAAAAGUAAAGAAAUAGAAAUGUGU